CAUCCGGGUCUCUGCGGGUGCGGGCGGAGCCUAUGAGGCCUGGCUCGGCAGGUGAGUGCGGGCGUCGAUGGCGGCGACGACGACGACGACGACUGUGCUGCUGUCCGCCUUGGCUGCCCGGCUUUCCCAGUCGGCCACCGCCCGCUCAUACGGGAUCUUCUGCAAAGGGCUGACGCGGACCCUCCUCAUUUUCUUCGACUUGGCUUGGAAGCUCCGCAUCAAUUUCCCUUACCUGUACCUCGUGGCUUCGAUGAUGUUCAACGUCAGGCUACAGGUUCACAUUGAGAUUCAUUAAAUCAUGCCUUACGUUGCAACCAGAAAACAUUCCACCAUAUACUCUGGAUUACUACGAUGCAGAGCUUUGAGGACAGGCAAGUGAUGCCUUUCUCUUUUAUCAGUAUGGCCCAGGAAGAAGGUUUGGGACAUCUUCACCUACAGCGGAAGAAUAUCCUAAAUCAGCAGAAGGAGAUCCUUCACAUUCUAAGGAUCUUUUCCUUAGUGAAGAGCUCUCACUUGGCUAAUCAUCAUUGGCAAAAGGAAUCUUUCUCUCUCCAGAUCAGGUGCUCCCCUGUGUUUCAAACUAUCCCACUGCCUCAUGUUGGUGAAAAAGUCUUGCCACAUCUGAGUAAAGUGGCAAGUAGAGACGUAUCAUCUAAGGAAUCACUUGGUCUCCAGUUUUUACUGGAGAAAGAUCUCCUGGAGAAGAUCUUGAGUCCCUUCAGUAGUACUGCAGUAACUGGUCGGUUAGAGAGAGCUCAUGUCUUCAUUAGUGAGCUAGGCAGGUGGAGAACACUUUACACACUUUGCACACUUCUGGCUGUCUGAGCUCCAGCAUAACCAGAAGCAGCAACUGUUGGAACUGGAAUUAGGGGUUGAUGAUGAAGUGUUUGUUGUGUUACUUGAGGGGUUGAUCUGCAAGGAUUUUCAGCCUUUGGAUCUGAAAUCCAACCUGGCUGCUACAUUGGGUGAACAUCCAGUGGGGCUUCUCAGUGACCAGCAGCUGUCUGUUUUUCUGGAUUACUUCAACCUCAUGUCUUCACCCAGUACCCCUGGAUAAUCAGAAAUGCUUUCCAAUAGAAAGUAUCCAAGCAGGAAUCCUCAGAUAGCCCAGUAGUUGCUAGUUAUAUGAGCAUUUGCCCUGACAAAUCUCUGCCUUGCAAUAGUACAGGUAAAAACAGAGUUUGGAAAUGUUAGUGCUUGAUAAUUUGAAUCUUCCUUACAAGUUAUUUUUAACAUUUACCAGAUGCCAAGUACUGGCAUGAUUUUAUAAUACUCUGGACAACAAAAAUUUAGCAUUAGGGAGCUAGACUGACCCAUGGGCCAUGGAAUUGACUCAAUACAGCAUUCAGGAAUCCAUUUUGCUAUCACUUCUAUGUUAAUACCAGCAUAUUAUCAAUAGGGUUGCAUUUGAACAUUAUAUGCCUGUGGAUUGUUGCCAUAUGGUGUGGGAGCAAACAUUUUUCAGCCUACAUCAGUUUAUUGCAUUUCUACCAUGCAUAUGGAGUGGGGAAAAUUUUUCAUUGUCAACUUACAUUUUCUGAAGCAUUUCUGAGCCCACCAAAAACAUAAUAUAUGAGGCAAGCUGAAGGUUUUAAGAGGAAAUAAAGAAAUGGAAAUCCUACUGAAUUAUAGCUUAAACUUAGUCCGGCAAUCCUCAUUCUGUCAGGUGCAAUGACAUGCUGGUUUGGGCAGAUAGGAGUCCAGUCAAACAAACGUGGUCCAAGUUGAGGAAUGAUGGUUUAGAUGCUGACAGCUUUUUCAGCUGACCUUUAGGCAAUGCAAAAUAGUUUUUCUGUUUUUUAAAAAACACCCUCAAGAUACUUUUGUAAUGUUCUGUAGGUCUAAUCAAGUAGCCUUCUGUAAAAUAAUAGUUGGCUAUAGCUGCUGCUUUAUAAUCUCUUUGCCAUCUGUAUCUAGGUAUAUAAUAACGAUAGGCUAAAGUGUCUUUUUUAGGUACUAUUAUAGGAUUUAAUAAAGAAUUGUUACAGAUAAGCAAAUACUUUAGAGUAGAAAGCCAGAGUCCUGGUUUCCAUCAUAUGAAAGAGUAAAUUGUUCAGUCUAUUCAAAGUAAUUAUUCUUAUAUACCUCCUAGUGACCAGAGGCAUAGUUUCUCCUGUAGAAAGCUGAAUUAUAGUCUAAAAUAUAUUUACAUUGGAAGUAGCAGCCUUGCCCAUCCUCAGUAGCAUUACUGCUUAAAAAGAGCUGUGUAUGUAUUUCCAGCUACCCAAACUUCAGAAUUUAGAGGUGCAGCCUGCGGUACCUUUGCUUCUUAAAACAUUGUGGGUAUACCUCAGUGUUUGCAGAAGAGUAGCUGUGUUGCUGUCUUGUAGCAACAGCAGCAGAGCCUUGUGACCCCUUCAAGAUUCACAACUUUAUUAUCAUGCAGGCGUUCUUGAAUCAGUAUGUGCAGCUGAUGAAGUGGCCUAUCAGCAUGAGAAUUAGCUUAUAAGGUAGCACAGAAUUCUUUACUGCAAAGGUAAAGUUAGCUCUUCUUCCUCAGUUGCUGUGAAUAUCCAUUUAAGUGGCAUUACAAUGUAAUGCAUUAGUAAUGAGGUCAGGAUUCCAGUGAACAGUGUUGUUCCUUGUAGCCAAGGGUGAUUCUUGAACAAUACAAUUCUUGAACAUAGCAAGUGUUUCUUUUUUCUAAAAUGAUUUCCACAAGCUUACAAGGCAGGCCUAAUGUCCUCCUGAUAUUUUUCCACCUUUGAACAAUAUAUAUGCAUAACUUUCCAGUGUCUUUUAAAAAGGAUUUUGGCAAGAGACUUGUACAGCUUUGUUUUAAUCAAGUUCUGUACUAGCCUUGUGUUAAAUACCUGAAAAGGAAUUGAAACAUUCCUGCAGAACAGAAGGAAAUAAGGACUUUGCAGACCAUACUUGGAUGCUGCACAACUUUGUUUAGCUUGACAGAAUUAAGAUUUGCAUUCAGCCUGGUUCUCUGCUAAUUAUUUCAUACUUUCCAUCAGCAAAAUUAGCAUGUUAACAAUAAGCCAGAAUCCAGAGAAUCUUGUCUGAUAACUUAAUUAAAUCAUGCUUAAAUAAAUGUCUGCAAGAUUGUGGCAUUCUGAUUUAAAUGUGACUAUUGUUUGUUUAAAUAUUCCCCAAAGUCUGAAAAAGGCUUAUAUUUCAUGUACCUACAUUUCAAGGAUGAAGUUGAAAUCACCUGAAGAUCCCUAUCCAUCAUUUUGGACUUCGGAUUAGAUUGCAUCUUCCUCUUAGUAAAGUCUGCACUUUAUACUAGAGAUGGACUUUUUAAAUGUUUUUUGCACUAUAGAAUUAUUUCACCAACAAGCUUAUAAAGACAUUUUAGAAAUGCUUUGUUUGGAGAUGGCGUAGGAAGGAAUGUGUACAAUCAAGAGAGCCUUGUUUCUGCAAAAGUGUAGAGUGGAUUAACACUUGAACUAUAAAUGGCUUUUUGCUGCA